CCCACGCAAAAAAAAGACAUAACUGCAAAAACAACAGCAAGUUUCGUUAAGAGAGAAUUCGAUGGCUAAGUCAACGAGCGGCGGCGCAGCGGCGGCGGUGGUUUUGAUGAUGACGGUGGUGACGUUGAGCGGUUGCGGGUUGAGUGAAGCGGCGCCGGCGGAGUCACUGGUGACGUACCUGCCCGGUUUCAACGGGAGUUUCCCGUCGAAGCACUACUCGGGUUACGUGGGAAUAGAGAAGGAGAAGCAUCUGUUCUACUACUUCAUCGCGUCGGAGAGGAAUACGGCGGAGGAUCCCGUCGUUUUGUGGCUCAACGGCGGGCCCGGGUGCUCCAGCUUCGACGGUUUCGUUUACGAACACGGGCCAUUCAACUUUGAGGAAGGACCCAAGGGAAGCCUUCCAAAGAUGCAUCUCAAUCCAUACAGCUGGUCCAAGGUCUCCAACAUCAUCUAUUUGGACUCUCCUUGCGGGGUCGGCCUCUCGUACUCUCCCAACGACUCGAACUACGUAACUAACGAUCACAAGACCGCUCUCGAUACCCACCGUUUCCUUCUCAAGUGGUUUGAGUUGUAUCCGGAGUUCCAGCGCAACCCAUUUUACAUCUCUGGAGAGUCUUACGCAGGAGUUUACGUUCCAACUCUGGCCGCUGAAGUGGUCAAAGGGAUAAAAUCAGGGGACAAGCCAGCCAUCAACUUCAAGGGUUACCUUAUUGGGAAUGGAGUGGUUAACAAUGGAGGUGGACUUAGUGCUUUUGUCCAUUUUGUGCAUGGGAUGGCCCUCAUCUCCAACCACAUGUUUGAGGAAGCAGCGGGUGCCUGUAAUGCCAAUUUCAGCGGUAACAGUCAGAAAUGCUACGACAGUAUUGACAAAAUGGAUGCGGCUGUGAAUGAUCUGAAUAUUUACGACAUACUGGAGCCAUGCUACCACGACCCAGAAGGGCAGCAGGAGAGGCAGACCAAGCUGCCGCCCAGCUUCCAGGAAUUGGGCCGGACCGAGAAGUCCCUCCCGGUCAGGAAGCGGAUGUUCGGUCGGGCCUGGCCUCUCUGGGCCCAGCACUUCGAUAACUUCCGGCCCAACGCUACUAAUAACAAGCAGUUCUUGUGGCCCCAACUAGCACGCAAAGCUGGCGGGGUUAUCUGUGUCAAUGAUGUGGUGGCGACAGCGUGGCUGAAUGACGAAUCAGUGAGGAAGGCUCUCCAUGCUGCCCCAGUGUCCACAGCGGGCGCGUGGGAGCUCUGCUCGGACCGGAUCGACUACGGGUUCGGUUCGGGUAAUAUGAUUCCGAUCCACAGAAACCUAACCACCCAGGGUUACCGAGCUCUCAUCUACAGCGGCGACCACGAUAUGUGUGUUCCGUACACCGGAACGGAGGCCUGGACGAGCUCGAUGGGUUACAAGAUCACCGACGAGUGGAGGCCGUGGAUCUCCGGCGACGACCACCAAGUUGCCGGGUAUCUGCAAGGGUAUGAGCACAACCUCACUUUUCUCACAAUCAAGGGGGCGGGGCAUACGGUUCCGGAGUACAAGCCGCAGGAGUCUUUGGAUUUCUAUACUCGGUUUCUUGACGGGAAAUCGAUCUAAUUAUAGAUUAAAAAAAAGUACGAGUAUUAUUCACAUAUAUAGUUUCAUAAGGAAAAUAUAUUGGUAAACCCUAAAUUUCUUGUGUAUACAUUAUUGGAUAUGCCAUUCAAGCCCAACCUUUGGUCACAAAGAAAGAGAGGGAAGGCAAGAAGAAGAAUCAAGAAGAAGAAUGAAGACUUGUCAUUUAUAAAAUUGUAAAGAAUCUAGCUAUCUAGAAGAAUUGCUAUAUAUAUUUCCAUGGAUUCUAGCAAAUUGAAAUGUACAAGAACCAUCUUCAAUUCAAUUGGUUGAUGGUACAAUUUAUAUUGAGCAAGUCAAUUAAAUUAAUGAAAAAAAAAGAGAAUUUCAUUUUACUACUUGAUGCUCCACCACACUCUAUAUUCAAAUAUCGAG